AUGCCAGCAGCCAUUCGUAACUCCCUGGACUCCUCCGCCUUCCUCCGCCUCCGCUUCUCUGGGCUCAAAACAGAAGAUCGGUUCCAACUUGGCCAUCGCUUACUGAUGCCACGCCGCGCAAAAAGGUGCCACAUUCUUUGCAUGAGUGCAGUGGCUGCCGGGCUCGUGGCAAAAAGCCGGCUCUUUGGGGCAUCCUUUGCCGGCGCAGCCCGUGGGAUUUCAAGCCGCAAUGCGCUUAGGCCAGGAGGCCGUAUCGAUGUGCUCUCCAGGCAUUUGGACAUGGCCCCCGCCGGGCUGAAAGGCAGCGGGGCACAGAUGGCCAGUCGCCGUGGCAAAUCCCGAGCCGCCAUCGUGGCAGCCGCCACGGCCGCCGGCAUGGCGGCAGGAGGAGUACUUGUGGCAGAUGGACCGAAAGAAAAGGAGCUCAGCUUCGCACAAAUUGCCAAAUUGCCACGUCCAGGUUUUCAGACGAUCGGCGCUUCAAGCUUCCUGCCAGAUGGCUCGCACGUGCUCUAUUUGAAGAGUUCGGAAUACGGAAGUUUGUCGCGGCAGCUCUAUGCGACGGAUGUGUCAACUGGAAAAACUGUGGCUCUUGCGUGUACACCGCCGGGGACAGGUGAGGAGAAAGAGCUCUCCCUUGAAGAGAAGCUGCGCAGAGAGCGAGCACGACAGAUGAACACAGGUGUGACCUCCUUCAAGAUCGCCGGUAGUGGCCAGGGGCUUGUGCUGGUGCCAAUGGGAGGAGCCUUGUAUGUCCGGGAGGGUAUUGAGGAAAAGGCAGAACUGAAGCGGCUCUUUGACCCCUCCGAGUUGGGUUCUGGCCCAUUCAUUGAUCCCCAGAUUUCUGACGAUGGAUCGCUAGUUUGCUUCGUCUGGAAGGACGAAGUCUACUGCGUCCCGGCCGAUGGGUCGCACAAGCCACGGCAGCUGACGGCGGGGGCGCGUGGAACGGGCAAGACGCAUGGCUUGGCCGAUUUCUUGGCGCAGGAGGAGUUGGACAGGUUCGAGGGUUUUUGGAUAUCACCAGAUGGUAGUAUGGUGGCCUAUGAAGAGGUCACGGAAGCUCACAUCCCACAGUUCCGCAUCAUGCAUUCAGGCUCCAGUGAUGUGGGUGAAAACGCUCAGGAGGAUCAUCGUUACCCUUUUGCGGGCGAGGAGAAUCCCAAGGUGAAGCUUUGCGUGGUCUCCGCGGCGGAGGACUCCGGCGAUGCGGCCGCCGGCAGCCCACCGAAGGUCACCAGUUUUGAUCUCGCUGGACCAUUUGGUGAGGAUUUCUACCUGGCGCGGGUGCAAUGGAUUCCGGAGGGAUCCAUCAUUGCUCAGGUCUUGAACAGGGAACAGACAGAGAUCGCAGUGUUGAAACUGGAUCCAAAGACCGGGGCCAUCCGCACUCUUCUCAAAGAAAAGACGGAUGUAUGGAUCAACGUGCAUAACAUGCUGAAGCCCUUGGAGAAUGGACGCUUCCUUUGGGCCAGUGAACGUAGUGGCUUCAGGCACCUUUACAUUUAUGGACCUGAUGCUUCGGGAGAGGCGACGCUAAAGCCAGUCACUGGUGGCGAAUGGCAAGUGGAAGAGGUUGUUGCUGUGGAUGAAGAGAAGGGCUAUGUCUAUUUUAUGGGCACUUCCGAAGGGAAGUGGCUGGGAAGACAUUUGUUCAAGGCAAGUCUUAAGGAAGGCCCUUCACAGAAGGUGCAGCAGAUCACCAAAGAAGCUGGAAUGCAUGGUGUGGUGGUGGACAAGCAAUGCAAAUUUUUCGUGGACACAUCUUCGGCGAUGGAUCGCCCAGCCUCAGCCAAGCUUCGGAGCUUGGAGGAUGGACGUGAGGUCUGUACCAUCGACAAGAAUGAAGAUCCUCUGAUUCCGACAUUGAACCUGAAGUCACCAGAGCUCUUCACGGUUCAGUCCACAGACAAAAAGGUAACAUUGCAGGGCGCCGUUUACAAACCGGAUCCGGCAAAAUUUGGACCUGGACCUUACCCCACAGUGGUAUCGUGCUAUGGAGGUCCACACGUUCAAUUCAUCUCCAACAACUGGGGCAUGACAGCGGAUCUGCGGGCGCAGGCCCUAAGGAGUAAAGGCUUCCUGGUGGUGAAAUGUGACAACCGCGGCAGCAACCGUCGAGGUUUGAACUUUGAAGGAGGAUUGAAAUUUGACAUGGGAAACAUUGAAGUAGAAGAUCAGGCUACGGCAGUGCGAUGGUGCGUGCAGAAGGGAUUGGCCGAUCCAAAGAGAGUGGCCAUCUAUGGCUGGAGCUAUGGUGGCUACCUGAGUGCCAUGUGUUUGGCCAAGGGCAGUGACGUCUUCAAAUGUGCAGUGGCGGGAGCACCAGUUACAAGUUGGGAUGGCUACGACACCUGCUAUACAGAAAGGUAUAUGGGAACACCCAAGAGCAAUGAGAAAGGCUACCAAAGCAGCUCCGUGAUGGAACAUGUCAGCUCCAUGAAGGGAGAUUUGCUGCUUGUGCAUGGAUUACUCGAUGAGAAUGUUCACUUCCGUCACACAGCACGGUUGAUCAACGCACUGAUCGCUGCGCAAAAGCCAUAUCAGCUGCUGCUGUUUCCCAAUGAGAGACACUCCCCAAGGAGUCAAAAGGAUCGAGAAUUUAUGGAAGAGCGCAUCUUCGCCUUUAUCCAGAAAUCGCUGGCCUGACAUGGCUAACAGCUCCGCGGCCCUUUCGAAAGCAUCAAAGAUUUCAUCAGAUGGA